AUGUCAGACCCAGUAAAAUUUAUAGACACACAUCUAAAUACGAUUAUUAAAGAAGUAUUACAAAAAAAUAAUUAUGUUUAUAUGACUGAUGUUCAACAAAAAACACUUCCUCAUAUGUUAAAUAAUAAAGACGUUGUAGUCCAAUCACAAACGGGAUCUGGUAAAACCCUUAGCUUUGUUCUUCCAAUUAUUCACAAUUAUUUAAAACAAAUUACGUUUUAUAAAGAUUUUUCGGUUUGUAUAGUUAUUACACCCACAAGAGAACUUGCCUUGCAAAUUACUGAUGUUUUUAAAAUGUUUAAUGUGCCGACUAAAUGUUUUAUUGGUGGUUUAGAUAUUGAUGAUGAUUUGAUUGAGAUAACAAAAGACUAUAAAAUUAUUGUAGGGACACCAGGUAGAUUAUUAGAAGUUAUAAAACUUAAUACUAAGCUUUUUAGUAGGUUAUCAUAUCUUGUAUUGGAUGAGGCAGAUAAAUUAAUAGAUUUGGGAUUUAAAGAAAAAGUACUAAAUAUUGUAUCUUUUUUGCCAAAAUCAAAAUCUUGUGGAUUUUUUUCUGCUACAAUAAAUGAAAAUGUAAAAAAUUUAUCAAAACUGAUACUAAAAAAUCCUAUUUUUGUUAAAAGUGAAGGUAGCGAAAUACCAAAUAAACUUAAAAUAUGUUAUCUUAAAACAAAAUACAGCGAUAAGCUACUUACUACGCUGGAUCUCAUAAAAAAUAAGAAAAGUAUUGUUUUUUUUGCUACAUGUAACCAAGUUGAUUUCUUUUAUAAAUUUUUAAUUAAAUUUAAUAUAAAGAAUGUGUAUAAAAUUCAUCGGAAAAUGAAACAAGAAGAUAGAACUAAUGUUUAUAAAGAUUUUUUUGAAAAGGGAGAUAUUUUAUUGUGUACUGACAUUGCAGCGAGAGGAAUUGAUUUUAAAAAUAUUGAACUUGUCAUCCACUUUGAUAUACCAAAAGAUUAUACUAAUAUUGUUCAUAGAAGUGGGAGAACUGCUAGAAAUGGAAAAGAAGGAGAAUCUAUACUUUUUGUUUUGCCUAAUGAGCUUGUAUAUUUAGAUUUUAUUAAAAUUAAAAAUAUUGAAAUAGAAGAAAUCACUUGUACACCUUCUUAUAAAUUAGAUUUUUUAAAAACAUUUAUGGAUGAUGAAUUAUUAGAGCUGUCAGUUAAAGCCUUUGUGUCUUAUUUUCGAUCUUAUAAAGAGCACACCCUUAAUUACAUUUUAGAUUAUACGACACUUGAUUAUGAUGAUUUAGUUGAAUUGUACAUGCUUAAAAAAAUACCUGGAAUGACUGAACUUAGAAAUGUAGAGUUUAAAAAAUUUCCGAAAGAAUUUAAAGAAGAGAACAUUAAACGAAUAAAAAGAAAACCUAAAUCAAAAAAAAAAUUAAAAUAA